ACACGGAUGAACACUGUUACACAAAACAUGGCAACCUGCAGCAGAGCCGUGUGGAGAGUGGUAUCGGGGUGUCAGCGGCUGUCUGCAGUCCGGCCCGUUUACAGUGACUUAUCCUCGACUCCUCUUCACACUAUCCCUGGGAGAACAUUCGCUGUGGCCCGAACAAAGACAAAGGGUAAGAAGAAAGAGGAGGAGGAGGAGAAGAAGGAGGUAAAGAAGCAACACGUGAUCGAUGACUCCAAUCGACACAAACCGUUCGGUAAAACAGCCUGGGCUCCGGUGGACGAUGUGUACAUUCUUAGGUAUUACCCCAGAAAAGUGCAUCAUGUGGGGGACGCUGUUGAGCUCCUCAAGGCCUACAGAGCUCUGGACUUCACCCCUACACAGCAGCAGGUGUACAUAGACCUGAGGCUUGACAUGAAGCUGGAGAAAAAGAAAAAAGUUGACCCAUUUGUGAGUACAGUGCACUUACCUCAUCCAUUCAAGAAAGAGAUGAACAAAGUCUUAGUUUUCACAGAGGAUGCUAAACAGGCCGAAGUGGCUCAGGAGAACGGGGCAGUGAUUGUCGGGGGAACAGAACUCAUUCAACAAAUUUUAGACGAUGAAAUUUCAGCUGAUUUUUACAUUGCUGUGCCUGAAAUGCUGCCGAAACUGGUGCCACUCAAAAACAAACUUCGAAAGAAGUUUCCCAAAAGCAAAAGAGGUUCGGUUGGUAUAAACAUUAGAAAAAUGUUGGAGCUAUUUAAAAUAGGCCAUGAGUAUAUGGUAGAAGACAACUGCUUUGUUCGAACGCAAAUCGCUACGUUGGACAUGCCCUCAGAGCACAUUCUGGAGAAUCUACACACCAUUAUGGCAGAUGUUUACUCCCACAGACAGCAGACCGCCAAUUUAGGGCCGUUCAUUGAGAGAGCCAUCAUCUCAAGUCAAACCAGUGAAGGGCUGUGGAUCAAACCUGAAGACCUGGUACCCAAAACGGAGAAGAAAGAAGAGGAGGAACUUUAAAAUAAUCAUAAUGCCAUCAUGUGUCUAAUUUGUAAACUAAGUGUUGUUUCAUAUCUUCAUCCUCACCAGUGCAAACUAUUGGUUAUGCUUGACAGAAAAACAAAUGAUGCUUUUUAUUGCAAAUCUAGGCCAUUUAACAUUCGAAUUCUAAGUUAACUCUAGUCUCAAAUGGUAGUCCUGAGGAUAGAAUAAUAAUGAUGGCAAAACGUGUACAUACCAAUUGUUUAUACAUUAUCGAAAUUAAUAAUUGUGAAAAAGU